AUGUCAUCCUCAUCGUCAGAUGGCGUAGAUGAAGCUGUUGAAGAAUGGUUCGACGAAGAAUUUGAUAAUCUCGUCGACUCCCUAGUUAAUGAUCAAGCAAAAAACCAAAGAGACGGGCUUACUACGAAAGACAUCGGGAAGAAGGACACAAUCAACUAUGGAAUGACUAUUUCAGGGAACAUGCUACAUACCCACCGGAAAUGUUUAGAAGACCAAAGAAGAAAUGCUCACGGAAGGUACGGCCUAUCUACACUGCAAAAGUGUACAGCAGCUAUACGUAUGCUGGCAUAUGGUCAAUCAGGAGAUACGUAUGACGAAUAUCUCCGACUAGGUGAAAGUACUGCACUUUUAUGUUCGGACAAUUUCACUAAUGCGAUAAUACAAUUGUUUGGCCAUGAGUAUCUAAGAAGACCUACAGCUGAUGAUCUUCAACGACUACUGGAUAUUGGAGAGUUACGCGGGUUCCCAGGAAUGGUAGGCAUCAUCGACUGUAUGCAUUGGGAGUGGAAAAAUUGCCCAACAGCUUGGAGAGGACAGUACACACGUGGUUCAGGAAUGCCGACAAUUAUCUUAGAGGCGGUGGCAUCACAUGAUCUAUGGAUAUGGCACGCAUUUUUCGGACUUCCAGAUACCCUCAACGAUAUUAAUGUUCUUGAUCGGUCACCAGUUUUUGAUGACAUUAUACAAGGUCGAACUCCUAAACUAUUUGCUCAACAUCAAGAAGCCGUAAGAAAAGAUGUCGACGCCGUAAGAAAAGAUGUCGAACGUGCUUUCGGAGUAUUGCAAGCGAGGUUUGCAAUAGUUAAAAACCCAGCACUACUAUGGGACAAGGAAAAGAUAGGAAGGAUUAUGAGAUGUUGUGUCAUACUGCACAACAUGAUAGUAGAGGACGAACGUGACAGAUUCACUCAGUAUGAUACAGAUGAAUUCGAAUCAGGAGAGUCAAGCAGAAGUUCCCAGGUUGAUGUUGUCUCCUCUACGGAAAGCCUUUCUAAUGUCGGUGAAAUGCGUGGGAUUCGCAAUCAAAUUCGGGAUCAACAGAUACAUCAUCGUUUGAAAGCUGAUUUAGUUGAAAAUAUAUGGCAAAAGUUUGGUAAUCUUGAUGAAUAA